AGUUUUGUAUCCUAUGCUAAAUAUGUGUUCCACAUAUAAGCUUGUGAUGAGUUUCUUCAUCAUAUUUGUGUGUCCAGGAAAAAUCUGAGAGAAACAAAGCCACUCGGGCAUCGCAACUCGAGGGAUGCAAGGGGACCCACACCGCUGGGUCACGAAGUUUUGCAGUUGUCCUUGAUCAAAUGGAGAUGGUAGAGGGUAGAGAAAUUGGGCGUGCCGAGCUUUACGUGGUUACGCAUACAAAAAACAAUGGAUAUCCAGUCAACCAACAAAGCGGAGUAAAAAUGGAUGACAUUAAAAAAAGGAUUCGGGAAGAUCCUUCUUUGAUUGGUGAGGAGGCACGUGAUGGUGAUCUUUAUUCAUCAAUUUUCCGAAAAGAAAAGAAAGGAAGGCCAAGUGGCCUUGGUCUAUUAGUAGGUGGAGUCGCUUCGGAGCGCCUUGCUCAAGUUGAAGCUGAACUACAUGCUGCUAAACAAAAGAACAUGGAGCUUCGGCAUGUGGUGCAUACUCUGGUGGCAAAUCAAACUUCAAUAAUGGCCAAGAGUGAGAGAAUGCAAGAACAGUACAAUGAGCUAAAAAGUUUGAUCAUAGCUUCUAGGGGGUCUGUUGAAAUGGGAGAGAUUCCAGAAAAGGAGCUUCCAAAUAAAGAUCCUUCUAAGGACUUGGAAAACAUGAAUGACGAAGAACAAGCAACUUCACUUUCAUAUACUACCAAGGCAUCCGAGGCAAUGGCUGCUCCAAGGCAUCCAGAUAAGGUGAAGGCAACCCAACUAGAAUCAAGGAUAACAGAAUCAGCACUACCAAGUCUUGCGCCUGUGCCAAAACUGAAGAAGACAAAGACAACUAAACAUAAGAAACCAGGAAUAUUUCAAACACCACUCCAAAAGGGGCCAAAGGACGAAUUAAAAGAUACCAUAAAGUGUGGCAUGGAAGUUAGUUUGACGUCACCAAACAGUGCAAGUGUGGUGGCAAUGGGAACCAUUCAGAAAACUGAUAGAAAAGCUAAAGCUAUUGAUGGUCAACCACUAGCUGAUUGUGUUGAAGUACUUGUCAACAUCGUGCUCAAAGAAACAACUGAGCUGCCUCGUGCACAAGGGAAAAUAAACAGGCUAGGAAAUGCCCAAGCUAGGUGUAUUCCAUGGCCACGCAAAAAUAUUAUGCAAACAGACCGUACUACCGUGUUGCAUUCUAAGGUUUCUAGUGUUUGUAGUCAGAUGUCUUUCAACAAUAGUGAGAAUGUGGAUCCCAACAAAACAACUACUGGAACUCAGGUGACCAACCAUCAGACUGGUUGCAGUACUUCAGAAGGUGUAGUGAGGAAUACACUGAAGAGAAAGAAAGUUUCUGAGACAACAAGAAUGAAAAAAGGUACUCAAGCAAUCUCUGCUACAACCGGAAACAACAUACUUAGGAAUUCGGGCAGGGAAACAUGAAAGAUGGUCAUAAGUGAGUUGUACAUGCCUUUUCCUGUAACACUUGUUCGUAUUGUUGUCACAACAGUAGGAAGUGACCUGUGUGUUUCUGAUUGAUACUUCGAUAUUGUUUCUGAAUUUGUGAAGAUGUUCUGAUGGUGAUGCUUUGCAUUAUUCGCGUGCACGAUGAUACUUCUAGCCGAUGCAAGCUUCUCAAUCUUUUUUUCUAUUGUAUGUGUGUUUUUACAGAGCUAGAUGCAAAUUAUUGAGCUUGCUGUAA